AUGGACUCUUCUCGAUCCUCAUCUGUAGCAAACCCAAAAGCGGCGGCGGAAGAGUUGAAGCUCGAAGGGAACAAACUUCAGCUCAGCGGGCAAUAUGAGGCUGCGAAUGAGGCUUAUUCUCGAGCUAUAGAACUUGAUCCGGAAAACGCUCUUCUGUACGCCAACAGAUCCCAGAGUAAUCUCAAGUUGAAGAAAUAUAUUGACGCAUCAUCGGAUGCUAGAAAGGCCUUGGAGAUUAACCCCCAUUUUUGCAAAGCUUGGGCUCGUCUGGGUACCGCCCAGAAUGCAAUGAUGCAGUACCAAGCGAGUAUAGAGGCAUGGCAAAACGCUCUUGGCUCCCUUCCUCCUGAUGAAGCCAUGUAUCCAUCAGAGAAGAGUUUGAAGCAGCAAUGCGAGGCGGGACUAAAAUUCGCUCUAGAAGAACAGGCGGCCAAACAACAUGCCAGAAAUUGGCAGAGUUUCCCUGACGAAGCCAUCGAUGGGAAGAAACUGCCUUGGGACAAAGCAUUGGCCAUAAAGGAUCGUCUUUUGGCGGAUAAAGACAACGGGAUGUCGAGCAGUGCAUGGGUCAUCAUGGGUGCAUACAGGGAAUGGUCGGAAGCUAUCAGAGUCAUCAAUUCAACAAAGCGAAUCGAGACGUCGAAUGAACCUACGUGGGAAGGAGAAACUACAGCAUUGACGCACUUAUCCAAUGCGCUACUCCGCGAACCUCGCAUUUUCCACCUGUCCGACAGGGAAUUCCUCAAAAAAUACGACGAGCAGGUCAUUUUUGAGACCACGAAGUUCGAUGCAUGGGCAGAAGGUGGAGCCGAUAUUGUGCGACGGGAAGCUCCGAGACGUCUGGAAGAGCAAGGCUGGCAGAACUUGAGAGAUGCACUCAACACAACCAUUCGUGCUUGGGUAAUCGCCGGCUUUCUAGCGAGUGGCGGUUAUAAUACCUCGAGAGCAGCGCUGGAGUUCUACAGUCAAGCGUUAGACAUCUUGCAAUGGGGUCGGACGGUGUGGCCUGAGGUCCCGCGCGAGGAACGUGGUUCGGUCUUCGAUGUCACCUUCAUUCGUGGAGUCCGACGUCUUUUCUUAUCGGCCCUUGUCGAGGCUUGCGUGGACAACCCUGGUCCAAACUCGGAGUAUGAUGUCAACGACCUCUACGUGAUGGCGAGGGACCACAUGGGAGAGAUCCAGGCGAAUCCUAUACAGAACGCCGAUGGCCUUGACCCUGGAUUUGUAUCCUCAUUCUGGGUGUAUCCACUGGCGGAAGCUCAUUCUAUUCUAGGCUUCGUGCACUUUAGAAAAGCCAUGGAGAACGUCAACAAGCCCGAGGUGGCCGCUCCCGACUUCAGGAAAGCGUCAGAGUGGUAUAUAGACGCUGCUGGACGUUAUCCAGUUGACGACGAGAAACAUAUUCACUUUCUCGUCACCGCGAUCCAGUCAUUGUGGCACUGUGGCACGAAGCUGGAGGAAUUCAUGCCUUUGGCGAAGCGUGUCAGGUUGGCUGUGCCGCAGGCGAAGGAGGUCUGGGAGUUUUCGCAGCUAUCCGACCAGCUUAAUCCGGCUGUGAAGCGCGUACUUGAUUUCGAAGAGAAAUAUCAGAAGGGGCUCGAUGCGGGUCUGGUGACAAUGCAGGAUGUUAUUCGCGUCACGAAGGCACCGGUGCGUCCUACUUCUAAUAUUUUUCCUGACGUAUGUCGUAGAUCUGACGGUUGA